GGAUCAAAGUCCAAAGUUAAAAUACUUGCAAAUCACUUAGCAAAAUGAACAAGGUCGCAUUUGGUGCUAUUUUCUCUGCGCUGAAAACGAUGGCCCGUCCAGGAGGAGCAGCCCCGCUCGCUCGCAAUCUUUGUGCAGCGGUCAAAAGCUCAUCGGAAGAUGCAUCCGCAAAGUACGAUUUCAAGACACUGAAACUUACGACCCCGAGCCCGUUCGUGGUGCACGUUGAGUUUAAUCGGCCAGAUCGCAUGAACGCCUUCAACCGGCAACUGUGGACGGAGAUAAAGGAUUGCUUCGAACAGCUGCACAAUGAUCCAGAUUGCCGGGUGGUAGUAUUGUCGGGAGGUGCCUCCAAACACUUUACCGCCGGCAUUGAUCUGUUCGAUAUGAUGAAGCUGGGCCAGGAGUUGGGUGCCAUCGAGGAGGUAGGGAGACGUGGUCGAUUGCUCGAAGGUACCAUUAAACUCUACCAGGAUUGUAUUAGUUCGCUGGAGCUAUGCUACAAACCGGUCAUCGUUGCGGUCCAUGCGGGUUGUAUCGGUGCGGGCCUUAAUUUGAUCACGGCGGCCGAUGUAAGGUACUGCACGCGGGAUGCAUUUUUCUCGCUAAAAGAGGUUGACAUCGGGCUGGCGGCCGAUGUUGGAGCGUUGCAGCGCUUUCCAAGGGUUGUCGGCAAUCAGAGCUGGGUGCGGGAGCUUGCCUUUACCGCACGCAAGUUCGCUAGCGAUGAAGCGUUCACCCAUGGGCUCGUUUCUCGACUGUUUGACAAUCGGGAAGAGUUGCUGAAGGGUGCGAUGAAGCUGGCGGAAGAGAUCGCCAGCAAGAGCCCGAUAGCCGUGCAGGGAACGAAGAAAAAUCUGAUCUAUUCAGCGGAUCAUACGGUGCAGGAGGGUUUGGAUCAUAUCCGGAGUAUUAACAUGCUUAAUCUGCAGAGUGAAGAUUUCCUGAACGCAAUUAUGGCUUCCCAGAGCAAGGAAACGCCAGUAUUUGCUAAACUGUAAAGCGAAGCGUUGUGGCGAAUGGUCAGCAAUAAA